UUCCUUUGACAUCAAGUUUCUGGCGCUUUUUUUAAUUAAAAACGCUUUCACACUUCCCAGUCCCACUUCAGUAUCCCCACCGAAAGCUGCACCUCUCUGCAACUCUGUCUCUCUCUCCCCCUCUCUCUUAAUUCGAACACCAAAAGUUAGAGAACUGCAGAAAUGGCUGGAUACAGAGCCGACGAUGACUAUGACUACCUCUUCAAGUUGGUCUUGAUUGGGGACUCCGGCGUGGGGAAGUCCAAUCUGCUCUCUAGGUUCACCAAGAACGAGUUCAAUCUCGAGUCCAAAUCCACCAUUGGCGUUGAGUUUGCAACCAGGACCUUGACCGUUGACGGCAAAGUCAUCAAGGCUCAGAUUUGGGACACUGCUGGCCAAGAAAGGUACCGCGCCAUCACUAGUGCUUACUAUCGCGGGGCUGUGGGUGCACUCCUUGUGUACGAUGUAACUCGCCAUGCGACAUUUGAGAAUGUGGACAGAUGGCUGAAGGAAUUGAGAAACCACACCGAUUCCAACAUUGUUGUGAUGCUCGUUGGGAACAAAUCAGAUCUCCGCCACCUUGUAGCUGUCUCAACUGAAGACGGGAAGUCCUAUGCUGAGAAGGAGUCACUCUACUUCAUGGAAACGUCUGCACUGGAAUCUAAGAAUGUAGAAAACUCCUUCGCUGAAGUUCUGACUCAAAUAUACCAUACUGUGAGCAAGAAGGCAGUUGAAGGGGGAGAAAAUGGAACUUCAUCUGUCCCAGCACAAGGAGAGAAAAUAAACAUGAAAGAUGACGUGUCCGCGUUGAAGAGAGUUGGGUGCUGCUCAAGCUAGGCCUGGUAAACAAAACUUGAUUGAAUGAAUAUGGCUUCUAUGAACUGUGUAAUAUUUUGCAGAGGGACACAAACUAGAGAAUACCGGAACACGAAAUUUUUACUCUGAGUAAGCUAGCUUAUGUUAUUCUCGAUUAGUAGACAAUUUCAGCGGAUGCUGAUUAGCACUUUUAAUUCGCACUUCAGCACCAUCUAUCUAUGCCUUUAAAUUUGUUGUUAGCAAUGAUAUAUUUGUUCAAAUUCAA